AAACCUGAAAGGACGUUGCCAGCGCAUUCGGUUAUCCUCAUAGCCUCGGUACCGCGAAGUUUAUACAGGGGCAAAAGUUUUUUUUUUAUGCCACACGGAGGGGGGGGUUUAAGGCAUGCGAACGAUUGAAAGAGCCGCAGCUAACGUAUGCAGUCCCUAAAUUAGACAUUUGCUCACAUCCUCUGCUUGUUUGAAAAUGACAAAUCUGUUGGGAGACCGCACCUGUAUGGAAAGUCUGAGAAAGGACAUUACAGACUUGCAGGGUACCCUUAUUGAUGUGUUCUCAAGGGUUGGUGCUGUGCGAUAUCCCUCAUGGAAAUUCCCAGAUAAAAUGUCCUGUGAUCUGGAUCUGGUAGACCUUAUGGAGCGCUAUGACUAUGUGGAGAGUGACUCAGAGUAUACUCAGCUCUCACAUGUGGUGUUACUGGAGCUCAUCAUUGACAGGCUUCUGCUCCUCCUUCAAAGCUUCACUACAUACAUGGAGUUAAUAAUUAGUGAAGGAGGUCUCCCACCAUCUCGGGCUGUUGGACCAUCGAUGUCUGUUGGUCUUGCUGUUCGAAAGUACUGGAGCAAUAUGUUAAAACUGGGAACAGAAUACCGACAGACGAAGUCAUCUGUUGACACAAGUGUGAGAAAAACUGAUACUGAGCUUAACAUAAUGUGCUCUUCCAGACCCCAGUCGGGCUUCUCAUCCUCUGAACAUGGAAGCCAGUCAUGUAUUGCACACAAUACUCGUACAGUGAGUUCACAGACUGUAGAAUCUUCUCUGGUGCCUUGUGAUUCUUGUGCCAUCGCUCAGAGGAGCUUAUAUGAAGUCAGUAAUGCUAUUAUCAAUGUAUGCACUGGGCAGAACCUACCAUGCUCCCUCUCCAAGAUAAGAGACAUGCUGCCUUUAGGAAGAAUUUUGUCUCCUACUGAGAUGCGUUACUGGGCAAGUGAGGAGAGCAAAGACUUGGCACGUAUUGGUAAAUACCUGUCUGAGCUUAAGCAGGAAAUUUGUCCUCUAAAGGAUCAACUGGAAGCUGGAAAGGCAGAUAAUGAGAAACUGCAGAAAAGUAUAGAAAAUUGCAAAAAUCAGCUUCAGGAGCAAAAAGAAGAGCAGCGGAGGCAGGCAAAACAAUAUGAGAGAAAACUGCAAGAAAAAAGACAGCAAAAUCAAGAAGUGGUGGACAAGCUGGAGAGAGAUAAGCAAGAGCUGAAAAAAGGGUCCCUAGCCCUGGAGGAGAGAAUUUCAUGCUUGAAAGAGGAGCUGAAAGAUCAACACAUCACCAUCAGGGAUCUGGAGAGAGCACGAAAAGAGCUUGUUGAUGAGAUGUGUGGUAUGGUGAAUAAGGCAGAAGUGUCAAUGCUUGUGCAGAAAAUGAGUGAUCUAAAAAGUGACCUGAAGUCUACCCUAAACAAGCUGCAAGACUCAGAGGAGGCCAUGUCCAAAGAGAGAGCACGAAGCGAGAGUUUACAGAACCACAAAGAGUCCCUCCAUAUGAAGCAGAGAUCUCUCCUACAGCAGCUGGACAGACUGGCACAGGAAAAUGAAGAUCUGCAGGGUACUGUGGGUGAGGCUGAAGAGGAGAAAGCAAAAUUAGUUGACCAGAUUGCAGAUAUAGAGAGAGAGAGAAAAGUCUUAAGAAGUCAGCUGCAAGAACAGCAAGAGAUAGUGAAGGUGUUGCAGCAGGAAAAGCAGAUCCUUGAGGAGUCAGCCUCGAGUUUGGACAGGCAGUUGGUUGAGCUGAAACAAUCUCUUCAAGAGCAAAGGGAAAGAGAGAAAUUGUUAGCAUUGUAUCCAGAGCUGCAACCACCUCCUGAGUUUGAAGGCACUGGAGAUGUAACACAGGAUAUGGAAAAGCAACUGCAGGCCAACAACCUUCGAAUUACUAUUUUAGAAGAAGAGAACUCUAGACUGAGGGCUACUUUAUGCAAACUAAGGGAAAAAAGCCAUCAGGAACCAUUAAGGCUAGUUCCUCAAACGCAGCUUUGGAGUAUACCACAUGUCACUGAGUCAGCAGGCCUGGAGCCCCGGCACGAAGUGAGCAAAAAAGCGCGCCCACAGUUGAACUUAAGGGACACAUCACAGUCUUCCUUAGGAUCUGUACACGAGAGGAGAGUUUCCACAGGAGGGACACACCAGACGCUAAAUGUUUUGACAUUCCCUCCUGAGAAUUCCCCAAUAUCUGCCAUUGCACGUGCAAAACAAGUGAAGGGAUGGAGACGGACUCCAAGCUCAGAGCGUAACUAAUAAAAACUCUAGAGAUAUGUAGAAAACAGGUGUUUGCAAUAGAUCCUACAUAAUGGGAGUUGUUUAUCUAAGAGAAUGCAAUGUGCAAACUGCAAGAAUAGGCCGCAAUCUGCUUUUGCACUUUGUACAUUACAUUCUGCUCUCUUCCCUAUGUACUCUGUUAGUUGAGCACUAUGGGACACAACCCUUGUGCCCCUGGUAUACGUAUGAUCCUUAAAGUUAUAUUCUUUUAGUUUUGUUAAUACCACGUUGAUCAACCAACUGGUACAUAGAUUGCAUGUUAAAAAAUCCUAGGUAACCCCCUGUUUUGUAGCUGGUGCAAUUAUUCACCUUGGCACUUAUUUUCACUAUAUGAUACAGGAUCAUCUGAUAUUUUUGAUAUAGAUGUAACAGGCAGACUACGCAGAGUGGAUGACUGUGUUUCAAUAUAUUGUGUUGUUCAUCUGUUAAAUAAAUCUAGCUAAAAACCUA